UUAUAAAAAAAACAUCUCUGUCCAACAUGAUGUGUGAUAGUUGUGCAAUUAUGUUUAUUUAUGUGCAUAAAAUGACGAAUCAAAAACAAGACUGCCUAGAAAGCAACACGUUUUCUACAUUUUCUGCUCGAAAUGUCAUAAAAUACAUUAUUUAAUUUUACGACUAGGAAGAUUCUGAUGUUCUUAUAUUCACAUUAGAUCAAUUAUUUAAUGGAAAUUCAUCUGUGCAAAAGGAAACAUUAAAAUCCUUUAACUUCAACACACUGAACCAAAUUCCAGAUGGGUGUCAAUGACAAUAAAAACGUUAUUUAUGUAGCUAAAAGGUGCAUCACAAAACAUUCACAACUACAAAACAUGGAAGAUAAAAAAGACAGAUGCAAGAAAGAGGAACAUUAAAAACACAACAAAGGUUAAAAAAAAGAGACAUCAAAGCGAUUUAAAAAAAAAUUAAUAGUAGAGAUUCAAGUGGAAAGUACGACUGUUAGGACGGUUAAAAGAUAGUAAACAUUUCUUGGCAAAAGAUGAGUUCUGAUUUUAAAGUUGUAUGUUUUUGCAGCUCUACAGGUGUUGCAAAAGUUUGUCUUAUGAUUAAAAGCUGCCAUGAAUGAAGACAUGAGGAAGCUUUCUGAGGAUACAAACUGGAGCUCAUAAUGACCCUGAGAGCAUCACACAGAUUGGACUGAUUGAGCCUUUCAGACAGGCUCCACCAAUCAAACGCUUUGGGGGUAUAAAAGGUUUGCCUGUGAGGCUCAACUCAGGGCAAAGUUCUCCAGCAAACAGCAACAAAUAUCAGGUGUUUCUUUAUAAAUGAGUCGCCAACAACAACAACAACUAUGAAGCAUCUUCUUCUGCUCUCCAUCACCUGGUUGUAUAAUCUGUGUCUCUGUUGCCGCAGUGAAGGAAACCCCUCUCCUCUCGCGUGUCUACGUCGCUCUCCCGCCUGUCCUUUUAUGGUAUGGGGAUACCCGCCGUCACCACCGGAAGCUGCCCAUGUUUGGGCUGCUACGAAGCGCGCGGCGGGGGGAAUCCCUCGCGCCGGUGUCGACCAAUAAGACCGAGACGGGAGUUACCUAGGAGACGGAGAGUAUAAAAACGGGCAGAGAGCGGAGGGAGCACGAGCAUCUUUCACCGAGCGGACUAACGGGACACACCGACAGCUCCGGUAACGGAUUAUUAACGGCAUUUUUAACGGCGCGAGGGAAUCCCUGACACCUGUCGAGCUACUUUAACCAGCUUGUCCACACCUGACACUGUUUGCACGCUCUGCACACACACACACACACACACACACACAAUAACCGACAACGGCGAUGCUUCUGGAGCGCGAGGACAGCUUCAUGUCGGAGUUUGAGGACGCGUGCAGCGCCUGGGUGGACAGCGUGGGCUCGAGCCCCAGCGACGCAGCUGACUCUGACGUGGGAUCACCUUUCUGUCAAGUUUUCUCUCCGGGAACUGACGCCUCUGACUCAGAUUUCUUCUCCGACUUCAGCGACUGCUCCUCGGACACGCUCUCGCCCUCCCUCGGCUACAACGGAAGCUUCUUCACCGAGCCGGAGACUGUACCGGCGGCGGCGGGUCUGAGCAGCACCGCGGACGCGAUCCUCAACAUGAUCACAGAGAUCGUCGGAAUCUGCACCGAGAUGGAGCAGCAGGGCGACGCCGACUCUCUCCGCGAGUCCACCCCAGCCUCUGCGGCGCCCUCCCCGGCCGCAGCCUCCCCCUCGCCCCCGCUCUUCGCUCCAUCUCCAUCCGUGGUUUCCAGCGAGAUGAGCAUCCCUCCCCUAGCCGCAGCUCAGCAGCUGCCUGCCGCCUCCAUUUCACACCCAGUGGUGGUGAAGAGCGAGUUUGUGACCUCCAGCUGCAGCAGCGGGUGUGGACUAUCUGCAGUGACCGGGAAUGAGGCACUCUACCCGGCCAGCGCCGACUCUCUCCUCCCGCUGUCGGCUCUGGAGCAACAGGUGGAUGUGGCUGAUUUCAUCGACUCUCUGUUGAGUUCCGAGGCCGGCCUGGGCGAGCUGAAGCCCGGCUGUGAAAUCAAGCAGGAGCCGGUGGGGCUGGAGGACUGGCUGAAGAGCUUAGCGGCUGCUCCGGUUACCGGGGGAGACUCCAGCAGCUACGUCAUCAGCAGACCUGUAGUGAAGACGGAGCUCGUGCAGAGCGGGAGCCCCCCCUCCUCGCUCCCCUCCUCCCUCCCCUCUACCCUGGACGCGCAACUCCUGUCCUCCCUCCUGCAGGGCGCGUUCCCGAUAGUCAACCUCAGCAAUGUGCACGCGACAGGAGCCCCCAAACUGUCACGCGGGGGCAGGAGAGCUCCCGCUAAGGGUCUCAAAGCGAAGCCGUUCCCGUGCUCCGUGCAGGGCUGCGACCGCCGCUUCUCGCGCUCGGACGAGUUGAACAGGCACGUGCGCAUCCACACAGGACAGAAGCCUUUCCAGUGCACCAUCUGCGCGCGCAGCUUCAGCCGCAGCGACCACCUGACCACGCACACGCGCACGCACACGGGAGAGAAGCCUUUCUCCUGCGAUGUGUGCGGCAAACGCUUCGCGCGCAGCGACGAGAGGAAGAGGCAUGGGCGCGUGCACGUCAAGCAACAGCUGCGCGCGCAGAUGAUGGCCGCAUACUCACUGGCCCUGAACGCGCCUGGCGUCUGAACAGCAGCGCGCGCACAGGUGAAUCCGGCCGGUGAGGCUGCUGUGGAGAAAAGUUAAAGCUUCAGGAUUUGAACCGUCAACCGGAAACCGUCAGUUUCCAUGUGACGUCACGCCGAAGGCAAUUGUAGCUGAAGCCUGAGGAGGAAAAGGUUCAGGGGUCCUCUGGAGGCGCACGUGAGCGUCACCUGCAGGAGGAUUGUGGGAAACAGCUGCUGCUGUAGAGACAGUCUGAUCCUGGACCAGCUGAUCAUUAACAGCUGCUCGUUGAAAAGCUUCUCUGUGACUCUGAAUGUGUGCUGCACCGGUGCAUUGUGGGACCUGUAGUGUAAAGAUGAAACACAGCAGCUCAGGUGUUGAAGCUUCAGUCUGAGCUGCAGACGCUCUGUGACGUCAGGAGGCAUUUAAAGGAGCAGUCUGUCUCUCUGAAGCUUGUAAAAUAUUCACUUUUCUGCAUGAGGACGUGAACAGUGAAGAAACGUUCUGUGAAUGUUGUGAUUCUGUUUCCACUGAAAUAUUUUUAUGUCAAACUGCUUUAUAUUUAACAUCUCUGAGGAGUUAUAUGUUUGUAAUAUAUCUCUAUUUUUCUAGAUGUUUGUCUACCUCUUUACGGCAAAGUUUUACAUCGAGAGUGUUUAUGUUUCUAGAACAGAAGCCAGAUUUCGAUGGCGGAUAAAUGUGCAAUGAUGUCACUUUUUCUAUGAAAUGAUUGUAAAUCCUCUGCGGACACUGAAUGAACUUUAUUUAGUCUUCAUUCUGAUGACGGUGCAGGUUGCUGCCCUGAUGCAUUGUGGGAUCUGUAGUGUAAAGGUGAAGCACACUGCAGGUUCAUGUUCCCUCGUUCUGCAUGGAGGCUGCUGCCAAUAAACAAACAAACAAACAAACAACAUGGAGUCCAGACUGCUUCUUCAUCAUUAUCAUCUUCAUCAUCAUCAUCAUCGUUGUCUUUGUCAUCAUCAUCAUGAGAAUCACUGAAU